GAAGCACCCAAAUUGGCAGCAAGGUGGGGUUGUUGGGAUGGCUAACCCUUCAUUUGAAUGCAAAUGUUGCUUGAGAGCAGCCAGUUAUCUGUGACAUCAGAUAGAACCUUAGUAAACUGUUGGCCCAGCACCUGGUAAUACUAUUGUUAAUCAUGUGUAGUAAAGAGACCUCGGGGCUAGCAUGAGUCAUUCAUAGAGCCAGUUGGGGCUAGAAAAAGAGAGUGAGAGAAAGAGGAGGGGGUGUGACAUCAAAGGAGUAGAAGCAGGAUGCCUUGGCAGGACAAAGCUAGGGUAUGAGCAUCAUGUAUGUGAGUUAUCUUUUGGAAAAAGAAGGCAGCAUGUAUCCAGGAUCCGUAAGGUGCAACAGCAGCAGCAGCAGCAACAACAACAACAACAACCUGCCGGCACAAAACUUUGCCUCCACAACACCCUACGCAGAUUACAUGGGAUACCAUCCAAUGCAAAAUAUAGACCACCGUGGACAACCAGGGGCUUGGGGAGCACAUUAUGGCCUGCAAAGGGAAGACUGGAAUGCUUAUGGCCCAGCACCUUCCAACACUGUGACCGCUACGCAAAUGAAUGGAUCAUCUCCCGGGCAGGUUUCCUAUAGUUCUGCUGAUUACAACUCCUUGAAUCCCGCUGGAUCGGGGGCUUUACCUUCUGUAAAUACAAUCAAUACAGAGCAAAUCUCUCCCCACAGUCAAAGACACAGCUCUUACGAAUGGAUGAGGAAAACAGUCCAAUCCACUUCAACAGGUAAAACAAGAACAAGAGAGAAGUACCGUGUUGUUUACACAGAUCACCAGCGAUUAGAACUAGAGAAGGAAUUUCAUUACAAUAGAUAUAUUACAAUCAGGAGAAAGUCUGAACUUGCUGCAAACCUGAGACUUUCAGAGAGACAGGUAAAAAUCUGGUUCCAGAACCGAAGAGCCAAAGAAAGAAAAUUAAUGAAGAAGAAAAUGACAAGUUUUGAUGGCAGCAGCCUCAGUUCAAUCCAGAGUGACUCUGGUUCAAUGAGUCCCAUCCCAAUGCCUGACCCACAGACGCAUUCAGAAAUGGCUGGUACUUUAUUCCCACCACCUCCACCACCUGCUCCUCUUCCAAUGAAUGGCUUACAGCACAGUGGAAAUCUCCAGCAAGUUGUGGCAUCUCAGUAAGGUCAUUGCGUUAAAGGAAGAACAUGAUAAAUCAUGGGUACAUGGAGCACUACAGUUCACAACGGGAACGCCAAAGCUGUUUGCAAGGGACCCAACUCCCCAGCCCCAGCAUCACAACAGCCAUUUGUAAAAUACUGAGAACUUCAGAUCAAAUCAAGGCCUGGGAGAAGACAGCAAAACAUCCUUUGGCAAGGUCACUUGUGAUAUGGCAAAACUCAAGUUGGGAACCUUGUGUUCUUGACUGCAAAGGCGGUUUGGAAAUAGGGGCAGAGAGAAAGGGGGUUAUGGCCGGAAAAACUUUUUUGGAAUAAAUGCCCCAAGUCUGCAGCCCCAUACUUUGCUUGAUUUGAGACUGAAGAAUUUUUACACGGAGCAAUUCCAGUAAUUUGUUCUUUCUAGAAUGUUUUUAUUCUGUUCUCUUAACAGGGUGGAGCUAAUGACAAUUACAAGGAAACGAAGGGUUACACUGAGUCAGUGUAGCUUGUUGUCAGGACUGGGCAUAUGCUGUGUUUCUGCAGAAGUACAAGAAAAGUAGAGAGUGCAGCAUUAGGCACAAAAUUCAGCUUCCUAAGAACAACUUUCAUUUUAAACAGAAGUUUCUAGUCCUUGUGGCUAAAAAGCUAUGCCUGAAGGUGCACAGGCAAUGCCUGAUAAAAUUUCAGAACCUAGACACAUAGCUAAGAAAGAUUUCCAGUGCUUGAGGGCAAACUCCUUGUUCCUUGUUAUGACCAGCAAUAAAUUUUGCAAAAUAAGGACACUGUGCAAAUUUGCUGAGUUUGCACAAUGGCUUGUCCAAAUGCAGAUGUUGCUUUUUAGUGUGGAGGUUACACACCAGCCAACUUUUUGCUGAUUGGAUGUUUCCAGUGUAAAAUUUCCGGAUGUUUGAAUCCAUGGGGAAAUUGUGGGGGUGGGGGGGUCGGUUUGCCAUUAAAUUAUUGUGUUUGGUAUAUUAAAAGUUAAUAAUUUUGGGGUUAAUAAUUGCAAAUUGAAUUUACUUCUUAAUUAUUAUUUUAAAUUACAAAUGGAGCUACAACUGCUGAACUGUAAUCAACCUACCAUCCCCCCCCCCAUUUUUCCAGUUUAUGAGGAAAAGGUGGGACCUCCCCACUCCCAGGAACAGGAGAAACCACCAACAUUAUAGUAAAAGGAAAUGUUUGUGUAUUCUGAAAAUUAUUAAAGUAAGUCCUAUUCAGAGUAGACCCACUGAAAGUAAUGUAGCUAAGUUAGUAUUGGGUCUACCUUGAGCAGGGUUAGCACUGACUACCACCCUGUCUCCUACAGUCCUGCACAAUGUGAAGCAGACAUAAAGCAUUUAUAUCCAUAAAUAGAACUGUGACAAAGCAAGGAGGGAUAUUACAUGAAUUUUAAUCAACCUCUUUUUCUGAGCCACCACAAUCAGUUUCUGUUUCUUCAUAUUUGUCAUUGUAUUUAUCAUGGACUUCUAAAAGCUGAAGGUUUGCCCAGGUUGAAACAAACUUACCUAUCCUUUCACAUGGCGUGGGGAGGGGAAAGGCUUGUGGGGAGGGUAGAAGAAAUAAAACUGUUUUGUUUUAUUUUUUUUCCUGGGCCUUCACAUCUCUAACCUGAAGCCAUGAAAUAAGUUUGAUGGCACAUCACCAGCUUCUGUUCCAUUCCAUUGUUUAAUUCAAGAUUCCUGUGGUUUUAAUUUUGUACUUAUUUCACAUCUGCACGGGAGCUUAUGAUUUCAUGUCUUGAUAUUCUCAACUAAAUGACAUCAGGGUUGCUCUGGACACCAGAAUUAACAGAGAAGGGGAUGUACUCUUCAAGUUCUGAUUUUUAAAUUAUUAACUAAAAUCUACUUCUAAAAUUCAAUUGAACAGGAGAGACUCUUGUGCAAAAAGGGGUUGCACAUACCUAGUUAUAUGCACCUAGAUGAAUCAGCUGCCAAAAGGAGGUAAGGAUGUGUAUUUCCAAUGGCGCUUUAAGACAAAUGAGAAGCCACAUUUCCAUCCAUACUUCGCAGUACUAAAUGUGAUACUCAUCUGCACCUAAUCUGCACCCACAAAAGCUGAGUUCAGAUUAUCAGUUUUAAACUAUGGCUUAGAUCAGGGAUGAGGAACCUGUGGUUUUCAGAUGUUGCGGGGUUUCAACCUUCAUCAUUCCUGACCAUUGACCAUGCUGGCUGGGACUCAUGGGAGCUGGAUUCCAACAACACCUGGAGGGUCACAUGUUCUCUAUCCUGGUUUGGAGGGAAAUUAGCUGCAGUGAGAUUCUAGUACAGUGGUACCUCGGGUUAAGUACUUAAUUCGUUCUGGAGGUCUAUUCUUAACAUGAAACUGUUCUUAACCUGAAGCACCACUUUAGCUAAUGGGGCCUCCUGCUGCCGCUGUUUUAAAUUAGUAUUUGAAACGGGGCAGUGUGUUGGAAGCUGCAUGUUCAGUUCUCAGUUUAAUAUUAAAAAUAUAAGAGCUUGACUGCUGAAUCAGACCAAAAGCCUGUCUAGUCUAUCACUGUGUUCUCACAGCAGCCAACAAGAUGCCAUGGGAAAACUGCAAGCUAGAGUACAACCCCCCUUUCCCUACCUGUGAUCCACUGACCCAAUUGUGGGGUGAUCACUGGUGGAAGAAGAAGGGGGCGGAGGAGCGCCCCGCCCCCGGCAGUGUGAUCCCAGUGGGGUUCCAUCGUGGCUGCUCCCCUGCCCGCGCUGGGCACCCCACCCCCACAGGCAGUGCGCCCUGCUCCCAGAACAUGCGCCACGCCCCUGCGGGCGGCGCAUCCCACCCCCGGGACAUGCGCCAGCCCCGCCCCACCUGCUCUCCACCCCCAGUGCCAGAGCACGAAGCUCCGCCACUGGGGGUACUCUGUCAGUAACCAGGACAAGGACAUAGUGCCAGGCUCCUAGUAGCUGUAGAAGGCCUGGCAGUACCAAAGGCCUGCUGCCAUUUAAUCUCAGGGGCUGAUGUUGAAUGCUACUAUUUCUUUCUGUAUCUGAAAAGGGUUCUGUGACUUGAGUGCACCUAAUCCCUGGUACCUGCCUCAGACCAUGAGUUCCCACUUCAAGCCUUGACAUAUCCCAAUAUUCAAGAACCAUACAUCCCUCAUAUCAUGAUUCAUUUGAGACAUCAUGCCAAACUAUGGUUUGCACUAUCAUUUGGAAACUUAACCAGGAUUUGUGUGCUAAAUGUAGACCAUACAAUGUUAUAACCUGUUAGUGUAAUCCUAUAAAUAGUAUCUGUCUACCGAAGAAAAAUCAUGGCUCAGGGCUGUAGGUGUGCUUUCACAUUCUGUCUGCUCAGCUUCAUAAAUUUACUCCCCACUCGUAGUGCAGCAGCUUCUGGACAAAACUGUGUCUUGCCAUUUCAGACACCACACAGAAGCAAAAGCACUGCCUACAGAGAAAUGCUAUACUCGUGGCCACUUUCAUGUCGCCUUGGAAGAAACACAUAAUCAAAUAAGAGGGCACAGAUUUGCAUGUUCUGAUUUACAUGUAUAGAUGCAAAUUAAUAAAUAAAUAUAAUUUCAAAUACAA